GUUUUUGCAACGAACAACACCUAUAUGUGACCUCUCCUUUCUUCUACAGUUCCUUUUGCUCAUUAAUUCCUGCAAAAAUUCCGAGCUUUUCGCCUUCUCAAAUCUCGCACUUUUUUAUUCUAUCAAACCCAACUGCUCUGUUACUGUCCCGAGAAAAAAAAUUACAUCUCUGGGAAGCUUAAAGUUUAUAUCUUUCUCAAUAAAUAAUAGGACUUUCAGUUUUUUUAUGGUUGAAUCAUAACGGGAUAGUUUUUCGCUAAUAUCUUUUACAUGUGUAUCAGAGUAAAUAACAAUGCCUGGUAUAGCUACAAUAUUAGAUCUGUUGAGGAAACAUCCCAACUUUUAUUCAUCCCAGUUCUCUGCCUCCGCGGCCGUCUCUGCUGCUGCCGUCUCUGUCGCAGCUGCUGGGACACCCUUUGCUUCUAGGUUCUUAUUCGGUUAUUCUGGGACACGAGUUAGUCAUUGUGACGCUGGUGCUGUAUUUUCUGAUGAUUACAUCUCUAGUAUACGAAAAGCAUCCAGUGAUAUUUUUCAGCAUGAUUCUCUGAACUACACUACCAAGGAGUACUAUUUUGAGUUAAGACCUCUCUUGUCAGCUUUUGAAUGGAAGCAACUAGCCGUGACAUCCUUGAGGUCAUUUUUGCUGUUCUAUCUGCCUCUUCUGGAGCAUGCUUCAAGUACUGAAGAGGAUGAUGAAGAGUUUCUGCAGGAUUCUCCAGAAACGCAGCAUGUAGAUUUGAUUGUUCCCUUCCAAAAAUCAGUCAAGCAAAUUGUUCAUGAGACAACUGUUGUUACUACAAGACGAAUUCUGGAAAGGCUUGCUGUGCAUUAUGCUUCUCAGCAGUUGGCAUGGAAACUUCUAAAAGAUGCUCCUAAAUCAGCUGUACGCAAAGCUGAAAGAGGAAUGCCGACUAUUCUCUACUUUUUCAGAGUUAGCAGGACAACUUUUAGAGGACAAUUUUUAGGAGUUGCUGCCUCAUGGAUUGUACAAGUUGGUAUUGUAAUUUAUCGAUUCUGUAAUAAUCUACUGAAGUCCGAAGAAGAAAACAAUAGGGUUGAUAAAUCAGAACAAGUUAUAAUUCUCAGGAAGAAGGUUACAGGUGUUACUCUCAGGUGUAGUGCAUCACUAGUUUUCGCUUCCAUCGGGGCAGGAAUUGGCGCAACUCUAAUUCGACCUUCAACUGGCCAGUGGAUUGGCUGUGCCAUUGGGGAUUUGGCUGGUCCAGUUGUUGUCUCACUGUGGGUUGAAAAAGCUUUUCAUUUGGAACUCUAAAGCAGUGGCAAUAGAUUAUUUGAAGUAGUUGCACCUGCUUCUAACUUGAAUUGUUUUUAACAUAUUCUUUUGGCAUUUGAUCAUAUAAUUCUGCACAUUCAUUGAUAUUGUCGGAGGCGCCCAUGAAGAAGAAGAGAACUGCGAAAGAAGCUGGGUAAAUGCCAGGUUUUGUAGCAGAUGAAGUUGUUGAUUAGAAUAAUCCAAUUAAAAAUUAAACAAUCCAUGUUAAUUAUGAAAUGAUUCUUAGACAUAAUAAAUAGAGAUAUAUUAUUUUCUUUUUUUUUUUAAUUUAAAAAUUACUUUGCUCAAAAUUAUUUAUCACUUUGAAAAGAUUAAAGAAGUACUAAUUAAUUUUUUUCUAAUUUUAAACUUUAUAUGUACUAAUUAACAAUUAUUUCUAAUUCUAAGUAUCCAACUGCAUACUUCAUACAUGCUUAUCCCUUUAACGUCUUGGCCUUAUCAGACUACAAAUCAUAAUUUAGGAUCACAGAAAAUUCCUAGAUGAGCACAAAAUCUCAACUUAAUAUAAAACCACCAGUGGCUGAAAUCUCUCCUUGCCAACUUCAACAAGCCGGUGAGAAUUCAAUGACCAAGAGCGACCCCCAACUACUCUAAUAACUCAAAUCCUCAGCUGGGCAAGACUAGCCCUACGAUGAAACCUAGAGAUAAACAGCAUUUAUGCAACCCCCAAUAAUAGAGAGAUAACUUUCAAAAUCGAAAAGGGAAAAUCUCCCUUUUCUCCUCGGAUACAAUUAAUCCAUGCAUAUAUAUAUUAUCCCAACACUUCGAGCUCUUGCCUACUUCAGACAAGAUGGCUUUAAAAUGGUUUCUAAAUUCUGCAUUUACUCAAGUUUUUGGUCACACAGACAGUAGUGUUACAGUGCAGACUCGGCAGAGAAGUGAUGUGGUCGCAUGUCCAAAUAAUCAAGGCCUGCUGCAGGUCCAUGAAUGUGUGAGAAGCUCGAGGGAUGUAAAAGAAGGUAGUGUUACUAGGACGAGGAAACAAGAGUACCCAAAUGGGUUCCAGGUUCCACUUCACUACCCAAGGUACACGGCCGCAGACUAUGAGAAGAUGGAAGAGUGGAAACUUGACAUGCUUCUGAAUGAGUAUGGACUUAGCUUUGAAGGCCGUGUUGACGAGAAAAGGGCGUUUGCAAUGGGGGCCUUCCUGUGGCCAGACCAACUUUGAAGCAGACAACUACUUGUCUCACAACAUACUGCUAAAAAUUGAAGAGAUCAUGUAAUUGAAUAGCCUGGCGUGCCUUUGAAGCUUUGAUGGUUACUGUAUAAUUAGUGCAUGCUAGAAAUUUACUGUGUUGAGGUGAGGAGUGAAUUUGAAGCAAAGUGUUUAUGUUGUAAAUUGUAAGUCUUGAUAAUAAGGAUCUGGGUCUUGUUUCUAAGUUGUCAUCAAUAAAGAAUUGAAAAUGAUUAUGUGCAGGACUCAAAUGAUUAGCAGUUAGAGAGGGGUUCGGUUCUGCAUGUUCAACUGUAAUUUGUAAGACAAGCAACUGAUUAAGAUAUUUGCAAUAGAUCUAAUUAUUUUUUCUCUA